UUUCGCGGCAGUGCACCGGUAGACUCGCCGCAAGCUCCACGUCGCGUUUUCUCGCCGCUCGCGCGAGUUUUCCGCGAAUUUUCCUCGCGUGGGCUCGACUUUCGUCCGAGUUUCCCGCCACUGUGUGAAGUUGCAGUUUUUUAUCCACGAAGUUUUCGCGUACUUUCGCUGGACGUGUGCGUUAGUGGCCUUGGUUUCGAAUUUUUUAAAUUUUCUUUUUUGAAUUUUGGCUGAUCGUAAGUGUGACGAUUCCUGGUUUGUGCGCCGAUAACGAUAUUUAUAGUGAACUAAUAUAUUAUUUUUUGGCUUUUACCUCGUUUGAUACAUCAUUCACCAUGCCUUUAAUGGCUUAGCGAGCCAAAUUUGGCAUUCUAAUGUAUUUAUGGUGAAACUAGAAACCCCUGUUUUUCGGAUUGUGAUGUCAUAAACUUCCGGCUACUUUUGAUUUUCGUGACGAAGAGCCAUUUUCAUCAGUUCGUAAAAUUUUUUAAGUGUGUGUUGGAACCUAUUUCCGAGGGUUUGAUACCAUAUUAUUGGCGACGAAGGGCUAAUUUCUGCAGUACCUUAGAGGCUCCUCUAGAGAAAUUUACAAGGGAGCAAUACCCAAAAGGAACAUUUCAGGAGAAGCUAACGAAGCCCCAUCCGCGAUGAUAACUUAUCAACGCGAACGCAUAAAGCGAUGAGCGAAACCCGCGCGUCGGAUCCGGGAAAUUGGCGAACAUCGAUGACGUCAGAGAGCGUCGCGGCCGAAGUUUGGACUUUGAGUGAUGGAAGCUCGGACUCGGGUCCUGGUGUUGUCUUAGCAACGACGGCGGUGGCGGAUCCGAGGGAUCAGUGCGUCUAGCCGGGGCCGAAAUGCCCCGCGGAGGGAGCCGGGGGUGCGGCGCCCCCAAAUCCAGCCGCUACUUCUUUGUCAGCAUUCUCCACGCCCUCACCAUCAUCUGUCAAGCUAUCACAGACGCUCCAAGCUUUGCAGAACCUGUUGCAAACGUGACUGUGGCUCUCGGAAGAAAUGCCUCACUACAGUGCGUCGUCAACAAUUUAGGUCGAUAUAAGGUGGCGUGGAUCCACAUCGACCGGCAGAUGAUCGUGUCCAUCCACUACCACGUGAUCGCGCGGGUUGCCCGAUACAACGUCUCGCACGACUCCCAGAAGACGUGGCUGCUCCACGUGGCCGCCGUCCAGGAGGAGGAUCGUGGCUACUACAUGUGCCAAGUCAACACCAAUCCCAUGAUCAGUCAAGUCGGCUACCUCCAGGUCGUUGUUCCUCCGAAUAUUCUGGACGAUCAGACGACGCAGUCUUCCGUGGCGGUGCGGGAGAACUCCAACAUCACGCUCACGUGUAGAGCCGAGGGUUUCCCGUCGCCAACCAUCAAGUGGAGGAGAGAAGACGGCCAGGGCAUAUCCGUCGACAAAAGGACCAAAGUCAAAGAAUACAUCGGGGAGCAUCUGAACAUCUCAAAAGUUUACCGAUCAGAGAUGGGUGCAUACCUAUGUAUAGCAACAAACGGAGUUCCUCCCACAAUUAGCAAACGAAUUAUUGUAGACGUUGAAUUCCCUCCGAUGAUUUGGGUGCCGAACCAGCUAGUGGGGGCACCGGCCGGGACUGAUGUGACCUUAGACUGCCAUGCAGAGGCCUACCCAAAGGCCAUCAGCUACUGGACCUUUGAGAAAGGCAUGAUCCUCCACACUAAGAAGCACGUGGUCGAAACGAUAGAGAACAGUUAUCGCUCUCAAAUGAAACUCACCAUCAACUCGCUGACUAGCAAAGACUUCGGCACGUACAAGUGCGUCUCAAAAAACUCGCUCGGGGACACUGAGGGAUCCAUCCGGCUUUACGAGAUACCUUUACCCUCGUCUAUGUCUCCGAAGGCCACUGAGAUCGUGAGCGGUGUCAGAAAAGAAGACAACAGUCUUACGCGAGCUGUAACACGGAGCUUCCACAAGAUCGAAGCGACCAAACCUACUUCCCCCACGGUCCCCACGGCAGGCUACCCCAAAAAGUAUUCACCCAAGUCCUCCAGCCCAACCGGCCCAAACGAUAUCAUUCCCAAUGCUGUCUCAGGUUGUUCAAGACUCGAAUGUUACAGCACUCUUGGCCUAUCUUUCUACUUUUUAUCACUCAUAAUUCAAAACAUGAGCCUACACUGAAGCCUCGCCCGAAGACUUGUCGAUUAUUCUGCGUAUUUUUCCUCUUUUGAAAAUGAAAAAUCAGUGUAAAGUAUAGACAUGGAACAUGAUUUGAAGCUAGAUAUACUAAAUUGACACUUCUUUACAUGCCCGCUCGACGUGAACCUCGCGUUAAUUUUUAAAGAUCACAUUUUACUCGUAACAAAAAUCAUGCAACGUCAAUUUCCAAUUUUCUGAUGUGGGUGUCAUGUGUAUUCAUGAUUGCCCUACCCAAAUAUUUAUUCAAACUCAAAUUUGUAUUUAGGUCCCUCGGAUAUCCUCUCACAUUUGAAGGCUUCUUGAAAUUACUUUUUCAAGGAAUUUCAUUUAAGGAAAUAAUUCAACUUUGUCAGCAGACUUAUUUUUGAACUUUCUUCGAUUGCGCAUUGUGCAAGUUGAGACAGAUCUUUCGAACAUUUCAGAUCUUACAACUGCUACACUUACACUAUUCCAGAGGUUAUUUUAGAGCAAUGGUUCAUCUCUCUUCACAAAGUUUAUUUCUCCUACGCUCGGUUCAUUUCUGAGUACAAAUUAAAUAAAAAAUAAUUUUAGAAAAUCUUUCCAAUUCAAAAAAAAAUUGAUAAAGUUUUGGAUCAUUCAUAUGAUGUAGUUUGUAAUUAUUAGUAAACAUGAUUUGCAGUAAAAUAUUUUAAAUGAGAAUGUCAUCGUUUACUCUAAUUAAGAUUUGAGCUUAAAAUUGUUUAGCAAAA